UGACAGUGUUCGUCGGCCCCGGCAACGGAAGAAUAGUCCCGCAUUCCGAACAAAAAUUUGGAUCUCCACUGAAGCACGACAUAACUGACAAGCAGAAGUGGCAUUUCAACAGAAAUACACAACAGUAGCAUACAGAUGACGGAGAACGACGUUGAGAACGAGCUCCUGGACUACGAGGAGGACGAGGUUGACGGGGGAGGAGGAGUGGGUGACGGGCUGGGGGCCGUGAGCAGCGACGCCCUGACGCACAGGAAGGAAGGGCUCAAAGGCUCGUACGUGUCCAUCCACUCGUCCGGGUUCCGGGACUUCCUGCUGAAGCCCGAGCUCCUGAGGGCCAUCGUGGACUGCGGGUUCGAGCAUCCGUCCGAGGUUCAGCACGAGUGCAUCCCCCAGGCCAUCCUGGGCAUGGACGUGCUCUGCCAGGCCAAGUCGGGUAUGGGCAAGACGGCCGUGUUCGUGCUGGCCACCCUGCAGCAGCUGGAGCCCGUCACCGGCCAGGUGUCAGUGCUGGUCAUGUGCCACACCCGAGAGCUGGCCUUUCAGAUCAGCAAGGAGUACGAGAGGUUCUCCAAGUACAUGCCAGCCGUCAAGGUGGGCGUGUUCUUCGGGGGCCUGUCCAUUAAGAAGGACGAGGAGGUGUUGAAGAGGGAGAGUCCGCACGUGGUGGUGGGGACGCCCGGGCGCAUCCUGGCCCUGUCCCGAAACAAGACCCUCAACCUGCGCCACAUCAAGCACUUCAUCCUGGACGAGUGCGACAAGAUGCUGGAGCAGCUCGACAUGCGCCGGGACGUGCAGGAGAUCUUCCGCAUGACGCCACACGAGAAGCAGGUCAUGAUGUUCAGCGCCACCCUGAGCCGAGAGAUCCGGCCCGUCUGCCGAAAGUUCAUGCAAGAUCCAAUGGAAAUCUUUGUGGACGAUGAGACGAAACUGACUCUGCAUGGCCUGCAGCAGUACUAUGUCAAGCUCAAGGACAACGAGAAGAACAGGAAGCUCUUUGAUCUGCUGGACGUGCUGGAGUUCAACCAGGUGGUGAUCUUCGUGAAGUCGGUGCAGCGCUGUGUUGCUCUGGCCCAGCUGCUGGUGGAGCAGAACUUUCCUGCCAUCGCUAUCCACAGAGGCAUGCCUCAGGAGGAGAGGCUGGCCCGCUAUCAGCAGUUUAAGGACUUCCAGAGGCGGAUUCUGGUGGCCACCAACCUGUUCGGGCGGGGCAUGGACAUCGAGAGAGUGAACAUCGCCUUCAACUACGACAUGCCGGAAGACUCCGACACCUACUUACACAGGGUAGCUCGAGCGGGCAGGUUCGGUACGAAGGGUCUCGCCAUCACCUUUGUGUCGGACGAGGGUGACGCUCGCACGCUCAACGACGUUCAGGAUCGAUUUGAGGUCAACAUCAGCGAGCUGCCGGAGGAGAUCGACAUCUCAUCCUACAUUGAACAGUCCCGAUAAAGAAGAGGAGGACUGAAGGACUGAUUUUUUUUUUUUUUUUUGGGUGGGGGGUGGUGUGCAAUCUAAACCUUGUCAUGCAGCCUUAACGGCGGUGGGGGGGCGGGGAAGGGGGGUUUACAGACUGGGACAUUUUUCUCCAAACUGAAAAGGGUUCAGAAGUAAAGCCGACAGGUUUAACUCCAACGCUCAUGUUCACUCAAAUGGUCUUCCUUUGACUCCCUUUUAUAAUACAACUUUUUCGCCUCAUCGCCGAUAAAAGACCUGAAAUUCGCCGUUGGCCAAAAAAAAAAAAAAAAAAAGGUCUAACCAUGAAAACAGAGAUGAUGCAAUGGUCCUCUUGGAACGUGACAUACAUUUUUUUUUGGACAUUUUUCUCAGUUUGUUUUUGGUGUAUUUUGAAUGUUUAAUGUUCCAUGCCACUUGUUCAGAGUUGUUUAUAUUUGCUGUGGUUGCAGCCUUCUGAACACGACAGCGCUUAUUUUCACGAUGUGCAGACAGUAAGCCUCCCGUGCUGUUUUCGAGAGCUGUUAAAGUAGUUUCCUAGUUGCUUGUGGUAGUUCUGUACCUCUAGAAAAGAGAGAAAGAGCGAGAGAGAGAGAGCGAGCAGUAGAGAAAGCUCAGGAGUUAUUUCACAUGAUGAUGUAGAAAAGAACACUAGUUUUAGCUCCUUGUUCUGUUUGUGUUGGAAAGUAAUAAACAUGUUUGUUUGGUCUA